CGACGUUCGCUUGCACAACACCAAAUCCGUCGCAGAAGUGCGAUCAUUACCAUCUAGAAUGCAGCUACAGGGCUACCUUGGUUUACGUACUCCGUGCAAGCGAAGGCUCCACUGGGUAGACUCAGGCUGGCCGUCUGGUGGACCGAUGGAAUGUGCGUUUAACGAUGCGAAGAUCAUGUCAUCCAACGGCCAGCUUUUCAGGUGCUCGCAGCAACUCUUUUCAGGUCAUCGCCCUGGCAAUCACAAGCUGGAGCCGCGUCCCAUCAUGCUCUAGCUGUCAACAAUUUCCUCUCUAUGGGGGCAUCUCCUUGCCUCCUCGAGGGGAAAAUUAAUGUUUUAACACGCCGCAGCGGGUGUUGCAGCUGGCUUGCCUGGAAACGCUGUUUUGGAACCUCCCUUCAUCGAACAAUCUUCCCCACAGCACCCACGCUCAGAUUCCUUUCCUUGCUUCUGCGAUCAUUUGAAUUCUUCUUUAAUUUUCUUUUUGCGCCGUGUUAUUCUCCAGCUAUUUGCCUUUACCAUUCAAGCAUUACAGUCUCGCCCACCUGAACGGUCUUUGCUCUAUGUUCCUUGCACUAGCGGCACAUGAAACAUGGGUUGACCUUCGCUUCUCGGCAAAGGCAAUAAUCGACGACAAGGAUAAAUAGACAAUCUUUCAAUUUCGACAGUGCUAUUUGUUCGUUCCAGUGCCACCCAUAGGAGAUCAGACUAAACACUCGGGUAGCUCGACUAAAAUCACGUAACUACCACUCGGCCUGACACGAGGAGUUAGGGUACAAUAUUGAGUCUCCUGCCACCAACUGCCUAGCAGUCAGGCAUUUGGUGAAGAUCUUCCUCACAAUACUGGCACUCACCUCGUUUGUGCCAAUACUUGGCCUCUCGUGUCGAGAACUUCAGGAUCCCUUCACUGUGGACAACCUCAGAAGCCAUGUCCGGCUCAACAGAAUAUCGCAAAUCUCCAGAGAUGGAAAAGGAGCCUCUUUUUGACGAAAGAUCUCUUUCAGAUAUGGAAAGCGAUGCAGAUUCAGAAGCAACACUUCACUACAAUGCUCCAGGACCACGAUAUUCACCACACUUUCUCUAUGCUGUCAACCCCAACGUACGAACAUGGCGUGUCCAGUCGUGGCGCCAUUUACUCGGGCAAAUUGGCUUUGCCCUUCUACCCAGUUUUAUCCAGAGUCGAAUAAGACGAGACGAGCGCAAGCCUGAGAAGCUUUAUCCGACCGCCUACCUAGAUGGAAUGCGUGGCCUUGCCGCGCUCUUUGUCUUCUUCUGUCAUUUCUCCUACGGCUGUUUCUCGAUCACAAGAGGUUAUGGAUACGUGUGGGACGAUGGACAGCAGAACGACUAUCUCCUGCAACUGCCAAUCAUUCGUCUGAUCUACUCCGGACCCCCGAUGGUCUGUAUUUUUUUUGUCAUAUCCGGCUACGCACUUUCACUAAAACCUUUAAAACUUAUGAGAUCUCGUUCAUGGGAUGCGAUGAGUGUCACUAUGUCCUCCUCCAUUUUCCGACGCGGACUAAGAUUAUUCAUCCCAACUGCUAUUUCCACCUUCCUGGUAGUGUUGCUUGUGCAGUUUGGUUUCUACGAUAGCACGCGAGAAUUCGCAGCAGAUGAGUCCUACUUCCGUGCCAUCAAAGAGUAUCACCAGGUCCGUAUGGAGACAUUCUAUCAGCAGUUCUGGGACUGGGCAUGGCGCAUGUUUGAAUUCAUCCACAUUUGGAGCUUUGAUCAGUUUGGUGGCAGCACGGGCUACGAUCUACACCUUUGGACCAUUCCUCUCGAAUUUCGCGCAUCAAUGCUGCUUUUCCUGCUUCAAAUGGGUCUGGCGAGAGUCCGUACUUGGAUCAGAUGGAUGUGCCUAUUCGCAUUCAUGUGGUUUAGCUUCCGCAACAAUCGCUGGGAGAUGAUACUUUUCGUAUCCGGUAUGCUCCUUGCUGAGUUGGAUCUCAUUCGAAUUGCUAGAAAAAAUACAUCAUCAAAUUUGCCCUUCUCGACUCUCCCCUCGUCUUUACAUAGUUGGUCCGAAAAGGCGCUUCAAGCGAAGAAAAGCGGCUGGUUCUUAAAGAAAUACGGCUGGUUCUUUCUCGCCUUCUGCUCCCUCUACCUUAUGUCACAACCUGACGAGGAUUCUUCAGAGACCCCGGGAUACAUAUACUUGGCUUCUCUGAUACCAGAGUGGUUUGCCGACAAGUAUCGCUUCUGGCAGGGCAUUGGAAGCAUCCUGUUCGUUCUUGCGACGAACUUCUCGCCGACUUUGCAACAGCCGUUCAACACCAGUGUUGUACAGUACUUCGGCAACAUAAGCUAUGCGAUCUAUCUGAUGCACGGUCCGGUACUGCAUACGGCAGGCUACAGUAUAAUGAGGUGGUCGUGGCGUAUUACCGGCCACGAGACCCAGGGCCAGUACGUUUCAGGCUUUGCUCUCAGCGCGAUAUUCAUCGUCCCAUUGGUGAUUUGGGCCGCAGAUCUGUUCUGGAGAUUUUGCGAUGCUCCAACAGUGAGAUUCGCGAAGUGGACAGAGACCAAGUGCGUCGGGGAAGACGACACAGCAAGGUAAAACUUAUAAUAGUGGCGUGACGGUGCUCUUGUUCGACCAGAAUAAAGAAGCGUCAGAUAUUGACAUUGUUUUUCAAGGUCUUUUCAAUCAUUCUAGGAAGAUUAUGGACAGUGGAUGUCUCUCCUUGAUUUUUGUGGAAGGGAUGGACUUUCUGCUGGAGUAGAAUUGAGCUCAGCAUCAUUGACGAUUCAGAGUUGGACUUCCAAAUAUCGGGGCUUUGAUAAUCUCGCGUAAUUCAUUUGGCAAAAAUGCCAAAAAGCAAUGUCUUUGUACUCAAUACGCAUAGUCCUCGGCGUUCACACUUUUCAUGUCAGGGUAGUCCGUAGAGCACUUUAUUCCCCUGGCGACUAGACUCUCAAAUGGGAUUGAAAUCAACAGCACCUUGCAUA